UCCAACAGAUGCCUGAGAAACUUCAGAAGCGCUUGAUUAGAGCGUCUUCCUGCACCAACACAGAACACACUCUACUGUGAAGUGGGAUAACCUGCCAGAGGCAUAAGCACAAUGCCGUCCGACUUCCUAACGCCGUUUUUGGAACUGGAGGAUGAGUUCUGCAAGAAUUUCCGUGGUCUGGACAUGCCAGAUGGCGCACCAGCCACCACGCAGAUGCAGCGCAUUGUGGGAUUUCAGCGCAGACACUCACUAUGCCCGGUCACCCUGCCCAACUCAAAGUUUAACAGCAGCAUUGUGGACCCAAUCGGCGAGCCAGCCUGCUGGGCCCUUACUAACACUGCUAACCAGCAGUGGAGCCUGAAACAUCAGCAACAGUUGCCCCGCUCCUCUCUCAACAGCAUCCCAUUCCGUGUAGACCGUUCGAUCAGUAUGAUAGAGGGCCAUGUUGGCAGCUUCGGGUCCAGCGAGCAGCAGCUCCCCACCACCCCUCCUCUGAUGCCCCCACCCGGUCUAAGUAUCAGCACAUGCUCCCUGUCAUCUCCAAAGUCCCUCGCCCCCUCCCCUCCCAUCUCCACCCGGUACAAAACCGAAAUGUGCCGCACUUACGAGGAGAGUGGCACCUGCAAAUACGGAGCCAAGUGUCAGUUUGCCCACGGCAUGGAUGAGCAGCGUGGCUUGAGCAGGCACCCAAAGUACAAAACCGAGCCAUGCCGCACGUUCCACACCAUUGGCUUUUGCCCCUACGGCGCGCGAUGUCACUUCAUCCAUAACGCGGACGAGCAGCUCGGGCCCGAUGGAGGAACGCCACCUCAGCGACUAAAGAUAAGAGAACGCCCACAGCUGCUGCGUCACAGCAUCAGUUUCGCUGGUUUCUCCUCUCCCCAAGCACUGACCGGAUUCCAUCCCGUUCCAGAGCCCAUGCUGUUCUCUAGGGCUUCCUCGGUAUCAUCCCCGCCCCCCACAGGUAGUCCAGAACUGCUGUCCCCAUUGUUUCCAGAACUUGCUACACUGAAGCACAACUAUCCGUUCUCGUCUGACUGCGGAAACGACCAGAUUAAUAACAACCCUCACUUUUAUGCUAUCACUGACUCUAAGUGCCAAACUGUCUGUGCGCAAAAGUCAGCCGCACAGAACUCUCACCGCAAUGCCUUCUCAUUUACCGGACUGCCUGCUCUGCAGCGGUGUGCUUCACCUGACUCUCUCUCCGACCAGGAAGGCUACACCAGCUCCAGUAGCAUGAGUGGUUGUGAGUCCCCUGGACUUGAGGGCAGACGUCUCCCCAUCUUUAGCCGCCUCUCUGUCUCAGAUGACUGACCCAUCUGACUGCAUAUUACUGUCUCAUCAUAGCAGGAGUUCUGCCCAAUGUUUUAAAGCUAUAGCCGACAUAUUUAAAACAAUAUAUCAUAACGUCCAUGUAUACUGUUGUAUACCCGUAUUAGCUACUAUGGGUGGCUCAACUAGCUUUACAGUAUCCGUGAUGUCUUUGCUGAGAGUUCUGUUGAGGAAUUUUCUGUACCCAUUUCGGGAAAACAAAAGCAUGCAGGUAAUGAUCAUUUUGGGCUCGGUAUAGGGACAAAACUAUUGUCUACACGUGUGCUUUUUACAACUUCAAUGGUUCUUCUUAUAGCCUUGCCCUUUUAGUGUGUAACCAAAGCUGAACAUAGUACCUUGUCUUGUAGGCAGAGUAAAUGUUGAAAUGUAUCCCAAAAUGUAGCUAGGCCUACCGUAAAUAAAAUGUAGCCUUUAGUAAAGGCGACUAAUUGACAGUGUUAUCAAGUAUUCUAACCAUAGGGCUUUUUGGAGAUGUAUUUAUUUUGUAUGUUUUGCAGAGUUUGUUUACGAUUGUGUUAUGCAUUUGUAUAUGAUGCAGAAGAAUAUGCUUCACUCUUCGCUUUGUUUGAGCUAUCAUGUAGCUUUAGAACUUUGAAUUGCUUGAGUGUAGACACUGCCAGGACCAUGUCCACCAGCAUCUCCUUAUGCCAGUGAAAGCAAUACUUGUGUUACAAGCUACCUUGUUCAAUCAGUAAAUACACGUAUUGCCCUCACCGGGCAUAAAAAGUCACGUGUUCUUACCCAACAAGUGCAUUUCAGCGUUUAGUCUGGGUUCAACGUUUCAACAUUCAAGUUCAAGCUCCUGAUACAUUCAUCCAGUUUUGCUUACUCGGCGAGACAAGAUUCUCAUACACAAUUGUGUGACUUGUUUAUAUCCUAUUAUAAACAUGAUUUGUGGCGUUACAUGCUAAUAACGUAGGCAAGCAAUGUUGCCACAGCGACAAUGUAUGAGUAAUAUGCGUUACGUCAACAUGUUGGCCUCUUGCACACUAACUGUUAUUAGACAAAGUGGCAUUAAUUACUAUUUGUAUUUUAUCUUACAAGGAACGUGUCUUUUGUGCGCCAAUAGUGUUUUUUUUUUGUAGCUCAUUUGCCGCGAGAAAGGACUGUGAUUGUCUUUACUAUUAGCCUUAAAUGUGAUGGAAAAACAAACAAGGCUUUGCAUUUGUUAAAUUAAAACUUAUUUAUUUUGUUUUUCAGAGCAAAAAUGAUACUUUCGGUUUUGUUGGUUUCUAUAUAAUUUAAGUGUAUUGUUUACAUUCUAUGGGAUAUGAAUCCCUGUCUCUAUCUUAAUAUAUUUUUACCUGUUUGGUUCAAAAUAAAACUCUGUUGGAAAU